AUGGUGUUAAGAAUAAGUGCACAUCUGCGUAUCCUGCUCCUCAGUCUGGUGACUCUUCUCCAACUGGACUCUGGUUCUGGCUCCCGCAUCCUGGCCACCUUUUUCUUUCCCGCCAAAAGCCACUCCAUGAUGACUAAUGCGAUCAUUCGGAAACUGGUAAAACGUGGUCAUGAAGUCACCUUCAUCACUUCGGUAUCUAUGGCCAAGGAAAAUCUUGGACCAAAUUACACGGAAAUUUUAAUCCCUCCGUACGAAAUCUGGCCAGAGAUUCAAGCGCUAACGAAGAAGAACAGCGUGCUGGAGAUGACCGAUGUGGAAAACCUGACCCUCCUGCGAAUGAUUAAUUUAUUGGGAGUCGCCACCACAGACUUUGCCUUCGAGCAGCCAGAGGUUCAGGCAGUGAUCAAUGCUACGGACAAGGUCGGGAAGUACGAUCUCCUCCUGGCGGAGCAGUUCUUCAACGAGGGAGCCCUCAUCCUUGGACACCUCUACCAGAUACCCAUCAUCACCAUCUCGACCUUUGGCUUUGCCAAUUACCUCAGUCAGUUGUUUGGAGUGGUCUCUCCCUGGUCAUAUGUUCCACACGUCUAUUUGCCAUAUUCUGACAAGAUGACGCUGUGGGAACGAAUACAUAAUGUGGCAUUCAGUGGCGUCGAAGACCUUCUCAGAGAGUUCACCUAUUACCCCCUCCAAGAUGCCAUUCUGCAGAAGCACUUCUCCAAGAGGCUAGAAAGAGUUCCCACCGUCAAGGAGCUGGAGAGGAAUAUUUCGGCCAUCCUGCUGAACAGUCACAUGCCACUGUUCUCGGCCAGACCCGUUUCCUAUAAUAUGAUACAAUGUGCUGGUCUGCACAUUCAGCCGCCAAAGGCUCUGCCCGAGGAUAUCCAACAGUUCCUGGAUGGAGCUUCCCAUGGGGCUAUUUACUUCAGUCUGGGCUCUCAGGUGCGCAGUGCCGAAAUGUCGCCUGAAAAGCUAAAGAUAUUCCUGGAUGUCUUCGGAAGCCUCAAGCAACGUGUCCUGUGGAAGUUUGAGAACGAGUCAGUGCCCAAUCUUCCGGCAAAUGUUAUGAUGAAGAGUUGGCUGCCUCAGGCCGACAUCCUGGCACACCCCAAUGUAAAAGUGUUCUUUGGCCAUGGAGGUACCAAUGGCGUCAUAGAGGCGAUGCACUAUGGAGUUCCGAUGCUCGGCAUGGCCAUUUAUAGUGAUCAGUACCAUCACGUCAAUCAGGGCAAGAAGGCGGGCUAUUUAUUGGAUCUGGAUUACAGGACGGUGACGGAGGAAGAGCUCAGGGAGUCCCUUCUGGAGCUGAUCGAGAACCCCAAGUACAGGAACAAUAUGAAGCAGGCAUCCAAGGUGUUCCGCGAUCGACCCCUCAGUGCCAUGGAUACGGCAAUGUACUGGAUAAACUAUGUGAUUGAACACCGGGGGGCACCUCACAUGGUCUCCGCUGGAGUCCACCUGCCUUGGUAUCAGUUCUACCUCCUGGAUAUUGUUGGUCUGGCUCUAGUCCUCAUCCUCCUGCCGAUCAUUGCUUUAACUAUCCUCUGCCGGAGGAGCUCCAAAUCGAUAAAUACUCACAAGUGUAAGGCUAAGACAAAUUAA